AUGAUAUUUCCUGCACAUUUCUUGCUAUUGUCAGUUGUUGUUAUUGUAAGCGCCCGAACUGAUAAAUAUACGAGCCGGUAUGACAAUUUGAACGUUGGAGAAGUUGUAUCUAACCGAAGAUUAUUAGUUCCGUACGUUAAAUGUUUACUGGAACAAGGCAGAUGUUCACCGGAUGGUAGAGAAUUAAAGUCGCACAUUAGGGAGGCACUGGAGAAUUAUUGCGGCAAGUGCACCGACGCGCAACGACGUGGCACCCGCAUUGUGAUAGCCCACCUCAUCAACAAUGAAACCGGAUUCUGGAAGCAACUCACUGACAAGUACGACUGCGACCACAAGUACGUCAAGAGAUAUGAAUCAGAGUUGAAAGCUGUUAAGAUU